CAUAGCUGACGAGACAAGUGGCGCUACGAGACUGACGUGGCAAGCCCCAACUGGAAGGGAUAUCACACAUACUCGCGGCAGGGUUCAUGUUGAAGCCGCACCGCACAGUCCCUUUAGGCUUAGAAUUAGUUGUAGAAGAGGUACGCUACAAAGAUCAAGGGACGUACACGUGCUCGGCCGUGGUGGACGGUCGGGAAACACGAACGUUUUUCACCUUGAAAGUAUAUCUUUCUAUCACAUUCUGGGGAACAGCUGACGUUCAAACAGGUCGAGAAAGUAGUGAUCAUAUGGUUUUGUGUAGUGUAAGGUCAGAUCCACCCCCCAUUAUAUCGUGGUACGUUAACGGAAGCCUUAUUCUUGACGGUCCCCGACGCACCAUAACAGAGGACGGCCUUUACAUUCGCAAUCUGAAACCGUCGGAUGCCGGAAAUUAUACGUGUAGAGCUUUUGUAGUGACGCCAUACAACUCCCAAAUAAAGGACAAGAACAUAGCGGUCAACGUCCAUUACAAACCGGUCUGGAGCAAUCCCGACGUCGACACAUUCUAUGGCGUCGUGGGCUCCGUUGCCAAUCUUAGUUGUGAAGCAAGCGCUGAACCACUGCCAACUUUUGAAUGGUUCAGAGGAAGAGCUCUACUGGUUCUUCCAAACACCCCUUCGUUCACAUUAUCAAGUGAAGAACCAGGAAUAUUAGUGGUGAAAAUUUAUCAAUCACCUUACGACUCCUUACCUGUGGUUGGAUUUAAAAUACGGUGGAAACAGAAAACAGAUUCUUGGAGGCAUGCUAGAGAAUAUCUCACAAGCCAAGGUCACGAGUUCGUAAUUCAAGAUUUGAAUUUCGACACCGACUAUGAAGUUCGAGUGAGUGCGAAAAAUGCCAUUGGGUUCAGCAACUUCACUGAACCUUCCUUACAGAGGACUAAAGGCUUAGUUGCUGAGACUGUAGUUGAUGGCAGCAGCAUACUGUCUUCCACCUUCAACCAGUCUCCAAACAUGUUUCCCGUCUUCCACAAUAUUGCUUUGAUAUUAUCUUCCAACCUGUUUUUUUACCACAUGAGGUACAAAGCGUCCUGA